AUGUCUGAAUACACAUCGCAGCAAAUAGACAAUGUUCCAGAGGGACAAGUCCAAGAUAACUCGUAUGUAACGGGCGGGAAUGAGUCAAUUCCCGUGCAAAGUGAUGGUGCUCCAAUUGAAGAUCCGAUUCAAGCAUCAUCAGCAGACACUGAUCAGCAAUUGGCUCAGGAUGAUAAGGAGGCUAUUGAUAAGACCAACAUCAUUGACGAAAGAACUCGAGGCUCUAAGCCGAGAAGAUCGUACGAAGAGCCUGGAGAUGACCCCAUUGGCAUGACUGAGUGA